GGAAGAGCAAGAAUAAACGUCGCUACAAUCCGUUUGUUAGGACGUUAUCAACAGGAAUCAUGGCGCUCAAGUCGGGAGAGGAGCGACUGAAAGAGAUGGAGGCUGAGAUGGCUCUUUUUGAGCAGGAGGUUCUCGGUGGUCCGGUCUCGGGAAGCUCACCCAUCAUGGAGGCAGUACCUGUAGCUCUGGCUGUCCCAACACUUCCAGUAGUGCGACCCAUUAUCGGGACCAACACCUACAAACAGGUCCAGCAGACGUUAGAAGCCAGAGCUGCCAGUUUUCUUGGUCCUCCACCACCGGCCUUCGUGGGUCCAGUUCCUCCAGUACGUCCGCCCCCACCUCCCAUGAUGAGACCCGCUUUUGUUCCUCAUAUCCUGCAGAGACCGGGUGGCCAGAGGCUACAGAUGAUGCGAGGUCCCCAUAUAGCACCUCCACUCCCCCGGCCUCCCCCGCCUCCUCCCAUGAUGCUGCCUCCCUCCCUUCAGGGCCAGAUGCCUCAGGGUCCCUCUCAGGCCAUGCAGCAGAUGUCUUCUGCACCUCAGAUUUCAGAUAUGGGUUCAACAGUGUCGUCAGCACCGAGAAUGGGGCCUUCACCUUCCAUCAAACCAACGCCCUCCAUCAUCCAAGCAGCACCCACUGUGUACUCGGCCCCUCCUGCCCCCUCUGGACAUAAGAGGAAUGAUCGGAUUCAGAGACAAGCCAGAAUGGAAGAACUUGCUGCGCGGGUCGCAGAGCAGCAGGCGGCAGUGAUCGCAGCAGGUCUACUGGACAAGAAGGAGAGUGAAGACAGCGGCGCUGUCAUUGGACCAAGCAUGCCCGAGCUGGAGCCCCCCCACACUGAGCCUGUGGAGAGCGCUACCGAGGACAAAAAGAAAUCUAAGUCUGAGAAGGUGAAGAAGUGUAUCCGCACAGCAGCAGGAACCAGCUGGGAGGAUCCGAGUCUGUUGGAGUGGGAAUCAGAUGAUUUCCGUAUUUUCUGUGGUGAUCUGGGUAAUGAAGUCAACGACGACAUACUGGCCAGAGCCUUCAGCAGAUACCCAUCUUUCCUCAAAGCCAAGGUGGUGAGAGAUAAACGGACCGGAAAAACCAAAGGCUACGGCUUCGUCAGCUUCAAAGAUCCAAACGACUACGUCAGAGCCAUGAGAGAGAUGAACGGGAAGUAUGUGGGCAGUCGUCCGAUCAAACUGAGGAAGAGCAUGUGGAAGGACCGCAACAUGGAAGUGGUUCGCAAGAAACAGAAAGAGAAGAAGAAACUAGGCCUCAGAUAGUGUCGAGACCUGUGGGGUUUACUGUGUAUUUUUACUGUCGUGUGACAUUGAUCAAUUGUUGGGUUUGUUUCUGUCCUCAAAUAAAAAUAUAAUUUCCCAAGUA